CCUUAAGUUGUCAACCAUAUCUAAUUCUCUACUAUAAAUACUCUGAAACCCAGUGCUUCUCCAAUCAUCAGCUCUCUUUCCAGUUUCCAAUAAUGGCCAUCUCUCGUUGUCUCUUUUUCUUCUGUUCCCUUAUUUUCUUUAUUUCUCCUUCCAUUGCACAAACAUCCUUCAGGCCCAAAGCUCUAGUCCUUCCUGUAUCAAAAGACCCAUCAAGCCUCCUUUACCUUACCCAGAUCAAUCAAAGAACCCCUCUCGUUCCUGUCGAUGUCGCCCUGGAUCUUGGUGGUCUAUAUCUCUGGGUUGAUUGUGAGCAAGGCUAUGAGUCAUCCUCUUAUAGACCUGCACGCUGCAAUUCAGCCCAGUGUUCACUUGCUAACGCAAAUGGCUGUAUAACGCAGUGCUUCUCUAGUCCAAGACCAGGGUGCAACAACAACACAUGUGCGCUGCUCGUUGACAAUACGGUUACAAACAUUGCCACUGAUGGUGAACUUGGUCAGGAUGUGGUGUCUAUCCAAUCUACGGAUGGAUCGAAACCUGGUAGAUCAGUCUCUGUUUCAAAAUUUCUCUUCACUUGUGCACCUAAAUUCAUCUCGGAAGGUCUUCCCAGUGGUGUCAAGGGUUUGGCUGGUCUCGGAAGGACUAAGGUUUCUCUCCCUUCUCAAUUUUCUGCUGCCUUUAGCUUUGACAGGAAGUUCGCCAUUUGCUUGAGCUCUUCAACAACUGCUAAAGGUGUGGUGUUCUUCGGGGAUGGGCCUUAUGUUUUGCGUCCAAAUUUCGAUGCUGCUGAGUCCCUCACUUAUACUCCACUGAUUCUCAACCCAGUAAGCACAGCAGCUGCUUUCGUUCAGGGUGACCCUUCCUCUGAUUAUUUCAUUGGAGUGAAGUCUAUCAAAAUCAACGGAGAAGUUGUUCCACUGAAUACAACAUUGCUAUCCAUUGACAGGGAAGGUUUCGGCGGAACAAAGAUUAGCACCGUAAAUCCUUACACUGUCAUGGAGACCACAAUCUACAAUGCUUUUGUUAAUGCUUUUGUGAAGGAGAUAAGUGAUGUCCCAAGAGUAGCACCCGUGGCACCUUUCGGAGCUUGUUUUAAUUCUAGCAAAAUCCUUGGCACUCGCCUUGGUGCAAAUGUGCCAUCAAUUGAUCUUGUGUUGCAGAGCAACAGCGUUUUCUGGAGGAUUGUUGGUGCCAACUCAAUGGUUGAAGUUAAUAAUGAUGUGCUGUGUCUGGGAUUUGUUGACGGAGGUGUAAAUCCAAGGACUUCAAUCGUGAUUGGAGGGCAUCAAUUGGAGGACAAUCUUCUGCAAUUUGAUCUUGCCACUUCAAGGCUCGGAUUUAGCUCUUCUCUGUUGUCUAGACAAACAACAUGUUCAAACUUCGACUUCGCCUCUAAAGCUUAGAGGAUGUUUCGAAAACCUUCAGCCUACUAUUGUAUUGUUAAUUUGUUUGUUUGAUAGCUCUAUUAUACCAUUAGUUUUACUGUUUAAAGAAAGAAUGAAAGGAGGCCAUGCAUGAUUGCUAGUGAUGUCCUCACCAAUUACUCUUCUGAUUUUUAUUUUUAUUUUUCCGUUUAUCCUCAAAAAUAUAUAUAUACUUACAGUUACGGGUGUCA